CCCCGCCCCCUCCCCGUGCUCCGCGGCGGCGGCGGCGGCGGCAGUAGCGGCAAUAUGGCUGUUGAUGGGUGUUCGGGGUGGCGCUGGCGGCGGGAGGAGCUCCCCCGAGCCCCUGCGCCGGCUGCCCGCUGCUAGCUAUGGCAAAUGGUGGCGGCGGCGGCGGCGGCAGCAGCAGCGGCGGCGGCGGCGGCGGCGGAGGCAGCAGUCUUAGAAUGAGUAGCAAUAUCCACGCGAACCAUCUCAGCCUAGACGCGUCCUCCUCCUCCUCCUCUUCCUCCUCCUCCUCUUCCUCCUCCUCCUCUUCCUCCUCGUCCUCGGUCCACGAGCCCAAGAUGGAUGCGCUCAUCAUCCCGGUGACCAUGGAGGUGCCGUGCGACAGCCGGGGCCAACGCAUGUGGUGGGCUUUCCUGGCCUCCUCCAUGGUGACUUUCUUCGGGGGCCUCUUCAUCAUCUUGCUCUGGCGGACGCUCAAGUACCUGUGGACCGUUUGCUGCCACUGCGGGGGCAAGACGAAGGAGGCCCAGAAGAUUAACAAUGGCUCAAGCCAGGCGGAUGGCACUCUCAAGCCAGUGGACGAAAAAGAGGAGGCGGUGGCAGCCGAGGUCGGCUGGAUGACCUCCGUGAAAGACUGGGCGGGGGUUAUGAUAUCUGCCCAGACGCUGACCGGCAGAGUCCUGGUUGUCUUAGUCUUUGCUCUCAGCAUUGGUGCACUUGUAAUAUACUUCAUAGAUUCGUCAAACCCAAUAGAAUCCUGCCAGAAUUUCUACAAAGAUUUCACAUUACAGAUCGACAUGGCUUUCAACGUGUUCUUCCUUCUCUACUUUGGCUUGCGGUUUAUUGCAGCCAACGAUAAGCUGUGGUUCUGGCUGGAAGUGAACUCUGUAGUAGAUUUCUUCACGGUCCCCCCCGUGUUUGUGUCUGUGUACUUAAACAGAAGUUGGCUUGGUUUGAGAUUUUUAAGAGCUCUCAGAUUGAUCCAGUUUUCAGAAAUUUUGCAGUUUCUGAACAUCCUAAAAACAAGUAAUUCCAUCAAGCUGGUGAACCUGCUCUCCAUAUUUAUCAGCACGUGGCUAACAGCAGCUGGGUUCAUCCAUUUGGUGGAGAAUUCAGGGGACCCAUGGGAGAAUUUCCAAAACCACCAGCCUCUUACCUACUGGGAAUGUGUCUAUCUGCUCAUGGUGACCAUGUCCACUGUUGGUUACGGGGAUGUGUAUGCAAAAACCACGCUCGGGCGUCUCUUCAUGGUCUUCUUCAUCCUCGGGGGACUGGCCAUGUUUGCCAGCUACGUCCCUGAAAUCAUAGAGUUAAUAGGAAACCGCAAGAAAUACGGGGGCUCCUAUAGUGCGGUUAGUGGAAGAAAGCACAUUGUGGUCUGUGGACACAUCACGCUGGAGAGCGUUUCCAACUUCCUGAAGGACUUUCUGCACAAGGACCGGGACGAUGUCAACGUGGAGAUCGUCUUUCUUCACAACAUUUCCCCUAACCUGGAGCUUGAAGCUCUGUUCAAACGACAUUUUACUCAGGUGGAAUUUUAUCAGGGUUCAGUCCUCAAUCCACACGAUCUUGCCAGAGUCAAGAUAGAGUCAGCAGAUGCGUGCCUAAUCCUUGCCAAUAAGUACUGCGCAGACCCCGAUGCUGAAGAUGCCUCCAACAUCAUGAGAGUCAUCUCCAUAAAGAACUACCACCCGAAGAUAAGAAUCAUCACUCAGAUGCUGCAGUAUCACAACAAGGCCCAUCUGCUAAACAUCCCAAGCUGGAAUUGGAAAGAGGGGGAUGAUGCAAUCUGCCUCGCGGAGCUGAAGCUGGGGUUCAUCGCCCAGAGCUGCCUGGCUCAAGGCCUCUCCACCAUGCUCGCCAACCUCUUCUCCAUGAGGUCAUUCAUAAAGAUUGAGGAAGACACAUGGCAGAAAUACUACUUGGAAGGAGUCUCAAAUGAAAUGUACACAGAAUAUCUCUCCAGUGCCUUCGUGGGUCUGUCCUUCCCUACUGUUUGUGAGCUGUGUUUUGUGAAGCUCAAGCUUCUAAUGAUAGCCAUUGAGUACAAGUCUGCCAACCGAGAGAGCCGUAUAUUAAUUAAUCCUGGAAACCAUCUUAAGAUCCAAGAAGGUACUUUAGGAUUUUUCAUCGCAAGUGAUGCCAAAGAAGUUAAAAGGGCAUUUUUUUACUGCAAGGCCUGUCACGAUGACAUCACGGAUCCCAAAAGAAUAAAAAAAUGCGGCUGCAAACGGCUCAAGGUUGGAGCUAGAUCACGCUAUUCCAAAGACCCAUUUGAGUUCAAGAACACAACUCACAAUUCUCGGCUUGUGACCGAGCCAGUUGAAGAUGAGCAGCCGUCAACACUGUCACCCAAAAAAAAGCAGCGCAACGGAGGCAUGCGGAACUCACCCAGCUCCUCGCCCAAGCUGAUGAGGCAUGACCCCUUGUUAAUUCCUGGCAAUGAUCAGAUUGACAACAUGGACUCCAACGUGAAGAAGUACGACUCUACUGGGAUGUUUCACUGGUGUGCACCCAAGGAGAUAGAGAAAGUCAUCCUGACUCGAAGUGAAGCCGCCAUGACCGUCCUGAGUGGCCACGUGGUGGUCUGCAUCUUUGGGGAUGUCAGUUCAGCCCUGAUUGGCCUCCGGAACCUGGUGAUGCCGCUGCGUGCCAGCAACUUUCACUACCAUGAGCUCAAGCACAUCGUGUUUGUGGGUUCCAUCGAGUACCUCAAGCGGGAAUGGGAGACGCUUCACAACUUCCCCAAAGUGUCCAUAUUGCCUGGUACACCAUUAAGUCGGGCUGAUUUAAGGGCCGUCAACAUCAACCUCUGUGACAUGUGCGUUAUCCUGUCAGCCAAUCAGAAUAAUAUUGAUGAUACUUCGCUGCAGGACAAGGAAUGCAUCUUGGCGUCACUCAACAUCAAAUCUAUGCAGUUUGAUGACAGCAUCGGGGUCUUGCAGGCUAAUUCCCAAGGGUUCACACCUCCAGGAAUGGACAGAUCCUCUCCAGAUAACAGCCCAGUACAUGGGAUGUUACGCCAGCCCUCCAUCACGACUGGGGUCAACAUCCCCAUCAUCACUGAACUAGCUAAACCUGGCAAGUUGCCUUUGGUAUCAGUCAAUCAGGAAAAAAACAGUGGGACGCACAUUCUAAUGAUAACUGAACUGGUGAAUGAUACUAAUGUUCAGUUUUUGGACCAAGACGAUGACGAUGACCCCGACACAGAACUGUACCUCACGCAGCCCUUUGCAUGUGGGACAGCGUUUGCCGUCAGCGUCCUGGAUUCACUCAUGAGCGCGACAUACUUCAAUGACAACAUCCUCACCCUGAUACGGACCUUGGUGACCGGAGGAGCCACACCAGAGCUGGAGGCUCUGAUUGCCGAGGAGAAUGCUCUACGUGGGGGCUACAGCACCCCCCAGACACUGGCCAAUAGGGACCGCUGCCGCGUGGCCCAGUUAGCACUGCUGGAUGGGCCCUUUGCGGACCUGGGGGAUGGUGGUUGUUAUGGUGAUCUGUUCUGCAAAGCUCUGAAAACAUAUAAUAUGCUUUGUUUUGGAAUUUAUCGGCUGAGAGAUGCUCACCUCAGCACCCCCAGCCAGUGCACGAAGAGGUAUGUCAUCACCAACCCUCCGUACGAGUUUGAGCUCGUGCCGACGGACCUGAUCUUCUGCUUAAUGCAGUUUGACCACAACGCCGGCCAGUCCCGGGCCAGCCUCUCCCAUUCCUCCCACUCGUCCCAGUCCUCCAGCAAGAAGAGCUCCUCCGUUCACUCCAUCCCAUCCACAGCAAACCGACAGAACCGGCCCAAGUCCCGGGAGUCCCGAGACAAACAGAAGUACGUGCAGGAAGAGCGGCUCUGAUAUGUGUAUCCACUGCCUCCGUGUGUGAAACUGUAUCUGCCACUCAUUUCCCCAGUGGGUGUUUCCAACAGUAACUUUUCCCCUUUUCCCCUGUAGUCCCCCCCCUUUUUUACACAUAUUUGCAUAUGUAUGAUAGUGUGCAUGUGGUUGUCAUUUUUAUUCCACCACCAUAAAACCCUUGAGCACAACAGCAAAUAAGCAGACGGACCAAAAGUUAUUUAUGAUUCUAGGGGAAAAAUAACCCAAAGGCAUGCUCCAGACAUAAAUAGCUCACUGCAGGAACGAGUUCACAGAUGAGAAGGGAGCGCUUGAGAUCCAUGUCAGUUACGCAAAGCAAGUUUAGUUAGUGUAGAAGAAAAGUUUCUUCUGAUGUAUCAGGAUUACCAGGGUGCUUUGGGUUUUGAUUUUGUUGUUGUUUUCCUUUCUUUCUCUUUUUUUUUAAAAUAUAUAUAUACACACAAUAAUAUAUACACACAUUUAUUUGAAAAAAGCAACCUGAAAGCAACCAAAACAUAUCAGUUGUUUCCACUCUCUGGGCCAAAGUAUCGCAGAGCAUUUGAAAGGCUUUCGCCGUUUCUGUAGAUGAUGAUGAAGCAUCUGCUUGUUAGAACAUCGGAGAUUUUUUAGUUCCUCAGCAAGGCCUUUUGUCCCAGAGCUAGUGCUUCCUUUGGGAGUUCAUAUGAACAUAUCUACCCUUACUAUGAGGAAAGAAUAGGAUUCCCUUCACGGAUGUAUCAAAUGCAAGUCAUUUAAUUUAAGUGAAAAGAGGUUUGAUUGCAUAUUAAGUUGUUAUCCUGUCUCCUUAUGCUGCCAUAUGAAUAGCUAUUUUUUUCUAUCACUUUUGACAUUUGGGAUGAAAAGCCAUAUGUAUCAUAAAUAUCAGAUGUAAGUCAUUAAAAACUGCCUUCCUGGGACUUUUACAUCUUUUAAAAGGUGAAUUACUUACCUUAUGUACAGAAUAAAUAAUGCUCAGGAAAGAGCAAGUAUUUUUCCACACAUUCUCAGGGGACCUUUUUACUCCCCUUUGUUUGAUUAGCUAGGGCCCCAGUGCCAGGGAGGAGCAAGGGCUGGGGCCGCGGUAGAGAGAGAGGAAGAUAAACCCAGCAGCGGAUCAUGUUCUCCUAGGAGCCGACAUGCUAAAUAAAUCAGAAUGUGGGAGGAUCAAGCCACAGUUGACUCAACAAAGACAAAAGCCAGCUACCACCUUCAACGGUUGGCACAGCUGCACGAUGCUGACUGUCCCAGGGCAGAAAGCUGGUGGGAAAAAUUCCCCAUCGUGAAUCUCUUUAACGUAGCCAAUCCGCUUAGGCAGGGGAAUGACAGUGAUAGAGAGCGACCCCCUUGUCAUUACCAGAUGGGGGAGAAGCAACAGAGUGCAACCGUGAGCCAAACACAUUUUGGUGUAAUUUUUUUUUCUUUCACUUUCUUUCUUUUUUUAAAGUUAGUAAGCAUGAGCAAAAUGGUAGAAAAAUAACCCUUUUUUCAAUAUACAGUUGUCAGAUACUUUAUGCAUGCAAAUCAUGUUUUAGGCAGUACAUCAGUUCUUACAAAUCGGCCAACUCCACCAUACCCAAAUUCUUGUAUGGAUGGACCUGCCCUGGGCUGCUACAGAUAUAUUUGAAAUAUUUACUUGAAAACAAAUUCCAUCGACUAGCACGGGGGGCGGGGAGGAGAAAAAUGUCACAGCUGUAACCAUCUCUAAAAAAGGUGUUUUUAUGGUGAACGUUUUGGGUUUAGAUCUUGGAUCUCCUGUCCCCCCAAGCAUGAUAGUUUUGGAGAUUUGCUUGCUGUGUGAAUUGACAAGCACUUUUACUGACAAAAUGGCGAAGCUCAGUCAGAACCUCCGUCCCCAUACCCAAGACAGGGCAGCGCAGUGUUCCAAUCAGUAUCGGGGUGGGGACUCACUCUAUAUACAUAUAUUAAAAAGCCCUAUGAGUGGAAGAUUUUUUUCAAAUUAUUUUUUGUCCAUAUAUAUAUUGAUUUAUAUAUUACGUAUAACUCUCUUUUUAUAUAUUACUAUAUAUAUACACAUAUAUACAUAUAUAUGUAUAUAUAUACACACACAUACACACACAUCUCCCCUAGUCUUGGAUCAUGAAGAGCUCUUCAUGCAUUCUUUGCAAAGGAGGUUAUCAAGUUAUGCCCUCAGGACAUUUAUAACUAUAAGCAUGUGCCAGUUAAAGUGCUCAACAGGAACUAUGACAGUUUAAAAGCAUUGUAAAACUCACAUAGCUUACUUCUCUCUCUAAAGUGCAACAAGGAUGACUAGAAUGGGCCAAGGUAUGACGAUUAAUGGUUCUGCAUGACCUAGCCACUGCUGGGGGUUUUCUUCUAUAACGUUGUCCUUGUGAAAACUUUUGUGAAAUUAAAA